AUGGCAUCCUCAAAAAAUACAGAAAGUCCUUUGGAUUUGCAGACGGUACUGAGGCUGUUUAGUAAGGAAGCUUUCGAGCUAACAAAAAGUGACCAUGUUCUAUACAAUCCUGCAACAAAACCUCGGGUUUUAGACUCUAAUGACACUACCGCAAACUCUGGGAGUCCUCUCACCUUCGGGGUAGAAUUUGAAUUUGCUUUUCCGCGUUUGGCAAAGUUUAGUAGCGACGCAAGCGACGAAACAGACGCAGAAGUGCGGAAAUCAUUCGCGCUUCUGCUAAAUGAAGCAGGAAUUCCGGCCGAAUUUCAACCUUCGCUCCAGAGGGAAAAGCUAGGAAACGCAUAUCUGACGAAGACAUUCGAAGCAAAGAAUCCCGCAGCCUGGUACGUAAAAAGCGACACUACCAUCAAUCAAAAGGCUGCCGAGCAUAAGCCAAUUACUCAUCACGGGGUUGAGAUUGUCAGUCCACCAUUCUUCUUUUCGGAGGCUGCUCUAGAUCAGGUCCAGUAUGUGUGCUACCUACUGCUUCUGACGAAUAAGAUUAAGAUUGAUUCUUCAUGCGCUCUACAUGUGCACAUUGGAAAUGGUGUCAAAGGCUUCACUUUUGAUGAAGUCCAAGCAUUUACCGCUCUCUACUGGACCUUUGAACCACAACUACAAUCUAUCCAGCCAACAUCAAGAAUAAGCAACAACCAUUCUGCAUCACUUCGUACAAAUUCAAAUAUCUAUAUCAAUACAAACUCAAAUAUCAGUGGCGUGGACUCAAUGCAGCGUAACGAAGCAAGAGGUGGACUCGAGUGGAUUCUAAACGUCAAAGAAGAGGAGGGUGACGACGGUGCGAAUGGUAUCGACAGGUUGUACAAAGGAACCAUCGGCAUUUCAGGAACUCACGAUCACGAUCGCCCGGCCCUUAAUCUGCGCCAGCUCUCACAAAGCGCAACGGCGCACCCAAUCAAGAAAACGAUGGAAUCCCGACAACACCAAAUGACGUUGGAUCCAGAAAGAGUGUGCCAUUGGAUUUCGACCUGCCAUGGACUCGUAAAAGAAGCUUGUGCUCUCAACAGUCGAAACAAAUUCGGAUUUCGUUAUUUCUUGUAUUUGAAUAUUGAUCACACACCUAAGGAGUUCGAUCUUCCGGAUUUACUGAAAUACUUUGGCUUAUUCCAGGAGGCAGCAUUUUAUGAGAAGAUGCUGUGUGCCCAUGACCAUUCACUUGUUUUCAUUGUUUUCACCACAUAA